CGUUGCAUUCUCUGACAAGUGCAAGAAAGAUCAGCACGUGCCACAGACCGCUGGCGUUGAACGCAAGCGACCUCAUCCCGGUUCUGACGACCAUAUCCGUUGACGCCGCAAUCGUCGAGCGCAUCUAGCUUGCAUCGAUGGACUCUAUGGAUGGCGACGACACUAUCUACCGCCCCCUUUUGUUUUACUCGACGGGGUACUCAUCGUCCCAGAUGCUUCUCGAUGACGAUGCAUUCCGACAAAACAGACAGCAGCACAACGAGGAUAUCGAUGGCAACGAGCCACAUAAUCCAUUACUUCAAGGACCGUUGGCGCCGCGUCUUCGCCUGGAAACAUUGUCGUCAACGGCCGCGUCUGCCGUCCUUGGCCUUACGUACAUUGCAUUUUGCGUCGCCAUCGCGCUGCCUUACCUCCAUACGAUUGGUUAUCUAUCAAAGGUUGAGCCAUUAUCUGGGGAGUUGUGCUCCCCGAACUUCCACCAAAACGCGUGCACAUACAUCGACCUCGAGCCCCACGGCGGCAAGAAUGCAUGGUGGACAGCAAACGUAAGCAACGUGUCGUGGCUUGCAGGAUCCAUGUCUCUCGAUUUGGAGCCCCGGGGAGUGAAUGUUACAUCCGAGACGAGCUUUGUGUUGGAGUACGAUGUGUUUGUGUAUGGCGGCGGCCACUCUGCCCAAGUCGACAAAUCCACCGACUACAUCUUUGCCCGAUAUAACCAAAGCGUCUGGCUGCAUUGUCCCGGUGGCAUCUGCGGUCGAACGACGCUGUUUGAUGUCUCCCAGGACAAUGAGGGCUUGGGCGGGGCGGGCUACGGGUCGUACUUGAUCGUUGUGUUCUAUCACAGCUAUUACCCUCACUUGUUCGCACGCGCUGUCGAUUAUUUCUUCUCGUACACAGCUCCAGCAAUGCAUGUGAGCGAGUUGGUCGUGCGAGCGGUCUUGGUCGCAGCAACGAUUGCCUUCUUGCCGUGGUGGUCGUACCAAACGUUUCAGGGAUCGUCGGGUGCCCGGCCCAUUCAUACGCGUGUGCUGUGGCUGGGCUUGGUGCUUGUCUUGUACCAGAACCCGAUCUUCAUGCUAGCGCAAUGGUUUCGAACAGUUGACGACGGAACUCGCUUUGCCGCCAACCUGUGCCAAACGAUCUCGACGACUUGCGUGCGCCUCGCUUGGCUCUUUCUGAUGGACCACCCGCUCAGUGCGUCGUCCGCGUGGUGGAAGGUGGUCUAUGGCGUCGUACAUGUCGCGAUGUCAUUGUGCAUGUGCGUGCUUCGAUUCCCUCGCCUCUUCUCUAUCGCCCAACACGAAUCGACCUUUGUCUUGCUGGGGUUUGCCAUGAUCUUCCUGACGUGGACAUGGCUCUUCUGGUUGCGAUCGAUCUGUCUUCGCACGAUGGCGACACUCAACGACAAGCUCAUGUACAUGACAUCGCGCGACCAGCAACUCAGCUACCGCUUCUUGUUCCUCGAGCUUGUACUCGUCAUCGUGUACGUGGGCAUGUCAUCGAUAGCGCAGGUCGUGUCGCUCGUCCGCGAAUGGAUUCUGUACGGAACAGCGCCAUUUGUCCUGGCAGCGGUCAGUUCCUUCUCGGGCACGGGCGCGGGCCAAGUCGUGCCAGUCGAGCAAAUCCUUUUCGUCAGCAUGGUCGUGUACAUGACGAUGGUGGUGCACUUACCUCCCGUCGAAUCCGCGACCUCCACCGCUCGGUUCUACAUUGAAGAAGCCCACUACGCGUCCGCGCGGAAUCCGCGGCUAUCGCACUUUGGCCAUCGACAUCCGUCCCAGUACGACGACUCGGCCCUGUUUUGUCUCGAAACGGCCGAGUGGCUCGUGCAGCUUGCGUGGCAAGCAUAUAUGGAUCCGUUGGGUAAUCCAAGUGCGUCCGGCAAUGGUGUGCAGGCGUUGGAAACGUUUGGCUUUGAGCUCAUUGUCCAUUUGCGCCACGAACUCCUCGAUACGCAAGCCAUUGUGUGCAUGCAUCGCACGAGAAAGCGACUGGUCGUGGCGUUCCGCGGGUCGGUCAGCAAAGCGCACUGGAAAACCAACUUGCGAUUUCACCAAGUGCCACUUUGGAUGCAAUCGAUGCAGGGGAUGGCCAGGUCGAGUCGACAACAGUCGUGCAAAGAUCGGGCAAUGCGAUGGGCAUCCCGCAUGCCGCUCUUAAACUUGGCCCUUCCGCGAGUUCACAGCGGUACGACGGUGGAAUUUGACCCGUCAUGGAUAUCUAAGAGCUGCCAUCGGACUUCCCAUUAGGUUUUUGGAAGGCGUAUGCGGCCGUGCGAUCCGACUUGAAAGAAACGUUGCGCUUACUCCUAGACGAACACCCCGACCUGUCGCUGUACGUCACAGGGCACAGCAUGGGGGGAGCGCUCGCCGUCCUGGCCGCCUACGACUGCGCCGUGCAUUUCAACAUUGCCAUCACCAUGUACAACUUUGGCGCUCCCCGCGUCGGCAACCCAGCAUUCGUGCGGCAGUACAACCGCGCUGUCCCCAACAGCCACCGCGUCGUGUUGGAUGGGGAUCUGGUCGCGGGAAUUCCACGCUUUUGGGGGCUGUACGAGCACGUGGGAUCCGAAAUUGCGUUGGACGAAGGAGGAAACGUGAUUGUCGAUCCGAGUUUCAUCGAGCGGCGGUUGCACCAACGAUCCAAGACACGCGUCGCGGUGCACGGGAUGCUAGUCUAUCGCAGCGUCCUUCGAAAGUGCUUUGACAAUUUGCAGCUUUAACACAUGAAUCGUUUGAUGCCUCGGUGAUGUU